AUGACGACACGACGAUGCUUUGCAGCGUGGAAGGACUCGAUGAGAGCCCCACGUGUUCUGGUUCUCCCUGCCGUGAGCCACGCCGGGUUUCAAGCGGUGGCGAGGGUGCUGGUGAUUCCAGUCGCACAGCUCGGCGCGGAGACGGUUGUGUUGGUGAGAUCGUGGUGCCUUGCUGUCUUCGUGCCCAAACCUGUCUUGUCAACCUGGCACAAAUACCAACACCCUGGGAGCUUUCAGAGCACUCCUGGUCUACUUGGGGGCAACUGUUCUCGAUGUUUGCUCAUCCGUGGUGUCGUGUCUGAGAGCACGGUAGCGAGGGGUGGCGCAUUGACGUCACAUGGUGGUAUUUUGCCGACCAGAGACGGCCGAGGACCGCAUCACAACCACGUCGCUCAGGUGCGUCCAAAAGGCAGUAGUCAGUGGUCAGCAGGCGCCCGUCGGCCAUCGAUGAUUUGCCAUCCGUCAGGUGUUGCUGGUUCAUGUCAAGCUUUAGACUCGCUGGCUAUCGCAGGAUCGUUGCGCAAUUCCAUUGCGCUCCGAGUGCCACAGGCGGAGGCAGCGUCGUCAAUAUGUAGAGAUGCCGCGGGCCCUCCUUGUCCUGGUAACUGGGGUCACAGCGUCCCACCUAUUGACGCUGUGGCGGAGCUCCGUUACUCUUAUUACCUCCACAGGUCUACCACGCGAAAGACAAGCUCUCGGGAUCUCGGUCGCCCUGGACCCGAAUCAGGAAGACAACUAUACGUUCUACAAGGCCGGAGACAAUUGACUUACCUUUUGCUUCGACGGUGGUACAUCCACCCCAACUCCAAUCCGACGCUGCAGCUGCCACGUUCCCAACCGCUUCAGCGGGCAAAGCUGCCAGUCAGCAGCUGGCGGUGUCAGCAGCUUCAGCCUGACAAAGAGCCGGAACCGGCCCACGCACCCACCGGGGCAGAUUCAAGGCUGACCUUCACCACGUCGGAUUACCAAGAGGCGGAGGAGGGCGCGUUUGUCGGCAAGAGAUUUCCCGACGCCGACGUGGGAUCCCAAUCGGCGUUUCACUCGGCUCGCCUGCGCUCAUCCUCGGAAUCCCUCUAUUCUCAAACUCCGCCGUCGGUCCCCAGUCGAGACACAAACUCCCGCUCGGUUUGUCGUCCAGCACCUCCAAGUGUUUUGACUCCCACGUCCACUUCGGCUGCUUCCCCCUAUUCAACGCCUCGACGAGGAAUGGACGUCCCACAUCACAAGGAUACCGCAAGUAGGCCAAGACUCGUGCUUUGGGGACAAGACCAAGGACCACGUCCUGAUCGGCUUCACCUCAACACUGUCCCUCGCACCUCCUAUCUUGUCGACGCCCAGCUAGACCCGCACAUGCGCAGACCUAUCAAGAUCACUCUUCUCUUGCUCAUGGAUCUCGUCUGCCAGGUGUAG